CAGUGACAGCAAGCUGAUCGAGCACAGUCCCCAUUUAUAUUUUAGGCUGCAGAAGGAACCCAAAGCCGCCGAUCUUACUUGGCCACACUUGACAGAAGUGGUGUCUGCUGUCGGAUCAGUUCCUGUCGCGCUUCUUUUACAAUAAAAUAUUCUGACCACCGCGACAAAUGACGAGAUGCAGACUUCUGUGCCUGUUCUUCUUCAUCGGUCUGCUGACGAUCGGCACAGACGCAGCGAAAGGCGGAGGUGGCAGAGGUAGCAGCAGAGGACGUAGCGGACGUGUGUACAAGUCGAGGAUGCCGAUUUUGAUUCCUCAUCGAAAUCCAGCCAGCGCAAACUACUACGAGCACAAAGACGGUGCGAGAAUAGUGAAAGCGUCCCACUUUGAAUUGGAUUACAUGUUGGGCAGGAAGAUCACGUUUGUCUGUAUGGCCACCGGGUAUCCGAGGCCUGCGAUCACUUGGCUCAAGGAUGGAAUCGAGCUGUACCAUCACAAAUUCUUUCAGGUCCACGAGUGGCCUGUGGGCAACGAUACGUUGAAAUCAAAGAUGGAAAUCGAUCCUGCCACGCAAAAGGACGCUGGAUACUAUGAGUGUCAAGCGGACAAUCAGUAUGCCGUCGAUCGACGUGGCUUCAGGACAGAUUACGUCAUGAUCACUUACUAAAAUAUUGGUUUCAAUAAAAAGUUU